AUGCAUCUGCAGGCAGUUGACAAGCAAUCAUGUCGUACCAUCAUCAGAUGGCAGUUGCGAACGGGUGGUCAACUGGUACGCACUGAUGGGGCAUAUGUGGAUCAGUGGAGCCGCAGACGGGGCAAGAGCAUCCCUGGCCAGUUGAGCAGUUGCCCGCCAGCCCAAGCAGCAAGGAGAGGCUUCAAUGUUCAUCAUCGGCACAUCUCACCGGUCCUUGCUGUGGCGCCGCAUCGCUCCGCAGGAGAAUCGUUUUCAUCAUCUACCGUUGACAGACUUGGGCCUCCAAACUUGGGAGCAGGUCCUCGAAAUGGGUUCCAAACUGCCCCUCCAAUACAACGCUAUUUAUGGGGUACACAGCUGUUGUGCUUCAUUCACCAUCGCGCACCGCGCAAUACCUGCAUAGCGGCCCAUGCUCAGCUCAGGACCUUGCAAGGCUACGGCCCAACGGCAGUGGCUCGAACGAACGGUGCAAGGUAUCCUUUGCUCCCAGCUCCAACAUCAACUUUGGAUCAAUGGCUCAUAUCUAAACAGAUUCAUUCGAGGGACGUUCGAGCCUCGCGGCAGUGUCAUCGCCUCGUCCACGGAUCUGCGGUCAAUCGUAGUCUGAGCACUCUAUUGAGUCCUCCAUCUUCCUCCGGAAUCAAUGCGGCACCAGGAUGCUCACUUAAUAUCCACGGGGCUACCAUAAACGGAGGGUUUAUGGUUCGUUGCUACCCGCUUCCACCGCAGAAGCAACGGUUAGUACAUCCCAAGACACAAGACCCUCGAAAACAGGCGCAAAAGGGCAAAAUUUUCUGCCUAACAAGUGCGAUCUAG